UUUAAAUAAACCACUUAGAUAAUCAAUCUGAUUGAAAUAAUCAGUUAAUCAUUUCCAUUUGCUAACAACUUUACUAAUCAAACUAUUGAGUGAAAACAGUGACCACAAUCAACUAAUCAUGACAGUAACUUAUACAUUAAGUGUAGCCGAGUCUCGAUUAUCUGGAUUUCCUAAAUUGUUGAUUAAAUGGAAAGGAUCAAUUUAUAAAUUACUCUAUCGAGAGAUGAUUAUAUUUUGUAUUUUCUUUUACUUGAUUCACUUAAUUUACCAUUUGUUACUUGAUGAUAGUCAAAAAAGAAUUUUCAAUCAACUCUCUAAUUAUUGUGACACUUUCACAAAUUUCAUUCCACUUUCAUUUGUACUUGGAUUUUAUGUCACCAUGGUGGUGACUCGUUGGUGGCAACAAUGGCUCGCGAUUCCUUGGCCUGAUAAUCAUUUCACCUUCUCUAUUUGUAGACUUGCCAUGUUAAUCUCAGCUUUUGUUAUCGGGGACGACGAAAGGUCCAAACUAAUUCGAGUUACUCUGAUGCGAUACAUGAUCACAAUGGAGUGUUUAACUUUCCAGGCCAUUAGUACAUCGAUAAGAAAACGAUUCCCCGCCGAGGAAGAUUUAAUCACCGCUGGAUUAAUGACCCAAGAGGAAUUGGACGUUUAUCUAAGUUAUGAUGAUUCGUAUGGUCGCUGGUGGAUUCCGGGUUGUUGGUUUACCUCGCUGAUCACGGAGGCCGCGAAAGAGGGUAAGAUCCGCCAUGAGAUGUUUCUUCGUGAGAUAAUCAACGAAAUGCACAUUUUCCGCUCAAACUGUGGGUCACUUUUCGCCUUCGAUUGGAUCAGCAUUCCCUUGGUUUAUACCCAAACGGUGACCAUCGCUGUCUACACCUAUUUCGGGGCUAAAUUGAUCGGACGUCAGUACACUUCAUCUGAGACAAUACGAUCAAUCGUCCAAGAUCAAUUGGCCCCUUUAACCAAUCAAAGUGACACCGAUUCGAUUACUCCGGUGGUUGGUGAAGAUCUGACGGCAACGAUCACAUUUUAUAUUCCUUUUUUCACCAUCGCUGAAUUUUUCUUCUUCAUGGGCUGGUUAAAAGUGGCCGAACAAUUAAUUAACCCUUUCGGCGAAGACGAUGAUGAUUAUGACUGCAAUUGGAUUUUAGAUCGAAACAUUUUCGUUUCAUUUUUAAUUGUUGAUAAAAUGAACAAUAAACAUCCCGAUUUAAAUUGUUACACCAUUCUACCAACAAAGCCGGAUAUUGUUACACCAACAGCGCAAUUAACAAAUGAUUUAAUCACUCGACGGGCAUCAAUUAAUCCUCAUUCUGGAUCAACCAUGAAUCUUAAUGUUACUCGGCGACCAUCAAGGUCAAUUAAUUUUCUCGGCUCUUUAUCCAGUGAUAAAUUAACUGAUGAUCAUUAUUCCGAAAUGGUUGGUGGUGAUUGUAACAGUUUCGAUGAUGAAAGUAAUUUAGUUAAUCCGGUUAAUAGUAACAAUCAAGAUCCAUUAAGUUGGGAACAAAGAGCGAUGUCUUUUUGUAAUCACUCGGAUGAAAUUUUCCCAUUAAAAGAAUCACGACAAUUAAUUGAAAGAGGGAGGAAAUUGUCUCUAGAAGAGAAUCGAUCGAUACCCGGGAAAAUGACCUCAAUUAAAUUACCGACUCAUGUUGAGUGUAAUGAGGAAACGGAAGGACAAUCGCCCGAGAAUCAAUUAAAUGAUGAGUUUCGUUUACUGUUAAAUCCAAAGGAAACUGAAUCAAAUUUGGAAUUAGUUGUAAACAAUUAG